AUGUUAAAUACAAACGAAGCAAUAUUUAUCAUCAUUCUCAUGUUUAUACUCAUUCUCAUCUUGGUCGGCUUAUUUAUUCUAAUGAACAGAAUAAACAAGAAAAGACAAGAACUUGUAGAUAUCGAACAACGUUUAACGGAAACAAAGGAUGAAAAGACAAUAAAGCCAGUUGAACCAGCGAUGAUUAAAGACGAUAUAUACUUUCAGCCCGUUCUAUCUACUGCCCCACCUGUCAUGACUCUUCAAAAAAAGACUAUCAAAAAAUCAAUCCUUCACAAGAUCUACAGUUUCCGAAAUCCAUCUAGAUCUCCACCACUCAAACCCUGUAGACCAAGUUCAAUGCGACUCCCUUCAUUUCUACCGAUGCAAGAGGAUAUAUCAGUUCAUCCGCCCCCAUAUCAAGAUUCGAUAAGUUACCAAAAGCAUUAA